CUGAAAUUACGUUAAGAUGCUUCAAUAACUUUAUGCCUUAACACGUUUCAGUUUUAAUUUUUUGAAUAACAGCAAAGUUUAUUUCUCAAGCUGACAUUAAAAAUACACAAAAUUAAACCAAAAAUGGUUUAAAAAAAAUUAAAUACUUUGGCAUUGAGUCAAAGAUGGGGUCUCGGAGCGGCACUGAAUGUGGAGGGAAAGUGCACAAGUCUAAAAAAGAGGAUAAUCUCAAAUGCUGCUUCUUAGUUACGGUCGGCUCUAAUGGUCAAAUCGAUAUCAGUCCUCAGAAGUAUCCCUAUUCGGAUAAUCCAUCUGUAGAUGCAAAAGCGCUUAAGGAAAAGAUACGUGACGGAAAUUUAUUGAAAGGAGCUUCCAAAAAGUCAAAGGCUCAAAGUAGGAAGCACAAUCUAAACUUUUCUCUGCUGAAGAGCGAACAAAAACGUCUGAAUUCUCUUUUAAAUCGUAAAGCGGACGAAAAAAAAAUAUCAGAAAAGGAACAAAUGGAUGCCAUUAAGGAGUCAUUCGCUGGUAUUAAGCCGUCUGGUAUCUUGCGUGAUUUUGUAAAAAUUUGCAACAACGAUCUCUCCAAAAAUCAGUUUGAGAGGACGGAACCGCCUGAUACCGUACCUGCUCCAAAAAACCCCCUAAAAGAAGAGGUCAGUCCACCAAAGGAGACUCUGCCAGUAAAGGACAGCAGUAGUAUGGUUAAAAACGUUCCCAGCUUGCGAAAACUUUCCGAAAAGACAGCCGCUCAAGUUCGUCACAGACUUCAGAAAAUGGCAUCGAUGGUCAACAAUUCCAGAUACGAGGGUGGCAAUAAUGCUGAGAAUGCAACAGCUCAAUUGCAACAACAGCAGCAGCAGCAUGCCGCCAAUGGUAACACCCAGCCGCAUGUAACCAUCAGUUUUAUACCCAUGAGCCAAAGACAAGCGCCAUCGGCAUCGGCGACCACUGUAAUGUGUCCUUGCCAGCAAUUUCUGGAUGCUCCGCCCAGCAACCUUUCAAGUUGUUGCAGCUGCACCUGCAGCAAUUGCUGUCCGUCAAGGCCACCGCCAUACCGACCGAUGCCCCCGGCGGCCAGCAAGUGUAACCAGUGCGGCUUUCUGGGGCCGCCAGUGCCCACACAGGAUGCGAGUCACAGUUGUCCCUGUAGCACCUGUUCGCUGCUGAGACCGACUCUGUUCUCCAGUUGCUCCUGCAAUAGCUGUCCCUUCUACACAGCCCCAAACCUACAAUCCGCCCAGUCCCUGGGCUUUAUGUCAUCUGGCAAUCAUCUUGGUCAACAAAUGUAUCCAUCCAUAUUGACGCCUUCUCCGUACGCGGGAUUGGCACAAACACAACAGCAAAGUCUUCCAGUGGGAAGCGUUUAUUACCCGGGGAUAAACCACUGUCUCCACCCAUCCAUGCAGCCUAAUUAUAAUCAGUGUGCGCACUGCCGGAUGCAUUUGCACCAUCAUCCUUAUUGUCAUUGUGGAUCCUACUAUAAUGGCCAAAAGCAAUAUCAGCAGCAACAGCCAAUCCCCCCGCCUAGAAAAGCAAAGCCGCUGAAAACUCAAGAUGCAGCUGAUGGGAUGAAAAGUAUAUUUACCAAAUUACCUCAAGAUUUAGAACAGGGUCAGCCGACCGAAUUCAACAACAAGAAACUUUCCAAGGAUAUGGUUCGUGAAAGUGGAGGUGGUACCAAUAAGAGUGAUCCCAAUUCCCUCUACGCUGCUAGAUUUGGACGCACUUGUCUGAUCCUAAGACCCACUUCCACAGCCAUGAUGCCCCGUCUGCUGACCAAACGAAUUAGUCGCUACACUUCCGUGGUGGCCUGGCCAACAUCCACACCUAAAAUAAAAUAAACAAAAAUAUAGGAACAAAAAUACAAAACCUCUACAUUAAAACACAAUAAAGUUCAUAUAUUCCUCAAAUAGGAAAAUAAAAAAAACCUU